AUGAACGAUGCGCAGCUACACGAUGGCAAUCCACACCACCGACGCAAAAGCACCGGCAUUAUCGAGGUCCAUGGCCCCGAUGGCCAGAGAAAGACCCUGAAUCUGGCUGAGAUGAAUGAUGCAGAUGCUCAACUGGCCGCCCAAUUCGGCUACAAGCCCGUCUUCAAAAGAGAAUUUGGCUACCUGUCAACCUUCUCCUUCGCCGUCAGUAUCAGCGGUCUGUUUGCCACAAUCAUGACCACUUUCUCCUUCCCGCUCUAUGCUGGAGGCUCUGCUGCCGCUGUUUGGUGCUGGUUGAUCUCCGGUGCCGGUUGUAUGUGUAUUGCUUGCUCUGUUGCCGAGCUUGUCUCUGCAUAUCCCACGUCUGGAGGAUUAUACUUCACAAUUUCUCGACUUGCCCCCCGUGAUUGGGUCCCCGCCCUCAGCUGGAUUACCGGCUGGAUCAAUUUGCUCGGACAAGUUGCUGGUGUUGCCUCUUCUGAAUAUGGCGCUGCCCAGAUGCUUCUCGCAGCCGUCUCCAUGGGACGAGACUUCAACUACACGAUCACGACCAACACGACCAUCGGUGUCAUGGCCGCCCUGACGGUACUCACGGGAUCGGUCAACUCCUUGUCAACUUACUGGAUGGAAAAGAUGACCAAGACGUAUGUCAUCUUCCACGUCUUGGUCUUAGUGUCAUGCUCCAUUGCCCUUUUGGUCAUGACCAAGACCAAGCAUGAUGCACACUAUGUCUUCACAGACGUCGAACCGACCUCGGGAUGGAGCCCUGCCGGUUUCAGUUUCUUGUUCGGGUUUCUGUCCGUCUCGUGGACCAUGACCGAUUACGAUGCGACGGCACAUAUCACGGAAGAGAUCAACGAACCGGAGGUCAAGGCUCCCUGGGCCAUCUCGCUCGCUAUGCUCUUCACAUAUAUUGCCGGCUUCCUGUUCAAUAUUGUGCUAUGCUUUUGCAUGGGCGAUCCUGCGGAGAUCCUCUUAAGCCCGAUCGUUCAGCCAGUUGCACAGAUCUUCUACAACAGUCUCGGUAAGGCCGGUGGAAUCUUCUUCACUGUCUGUGGAUUCAUCAUCAUCAAGUUUGUCUGCUUUACAGCCAUGCAAGCCUUGGGCCGGACCGUCUUUGCCUUCUCACGUGAUCGUCUCAUUCCCGGACACAAUAUUUGGACCCAAAUCAACUCCAAGACAGGAACUCCUCUUUACGCUGUGUGGGUCUCUGUUUUCUUCUGCAUCGCCAUUAACUUGAUUGGUCUGGGCUCAUAUGCUGCCAUUGCCGGAGUCUUCAACAUCUGUGCGAUCGCUCUCGACUGGAGUUACUGCAUUCCUAUUGCAUGCAAACUCAUGUUCGGGAAGUUCGAGCCAGGACCAUGGCAUAUGGGCGUCUUCAGCAAAUAUGUCAAUGCUUGGGCCUGUCUCUGGACGCUGUUCGUCAGCAUUAUCUUCAUUCUGCCAACCGUCAGGCCCGUGACUGCUCUUACUAUGAACUACGCAUCCGUCUUCCUUGUUUUCAUCCUAGGCUGUGCGGCGAUCUUCUGGUAUAUUAGCGGCCGGAAAUAUUAUAGUGGACCUGUUAUCGAAGCAGAGGGAUACGAGUCCAAUGGUGAGGCUCCAGCCUUGGACGGGGAGAAGAAAGCUGAGCUGGCUUGA